AUGGCGGGUCGCACCAUAACGUCGAUGUGCCUCGUGGAGGAGGAGUCCCCGGCGCCCCUGCUUGUUGGCCGGGAGGACGGCUCCAUUGAGUUUUAUGCCUCCACCGACGCUGCCUACUUCGGCAAACCGUUGCUGACGCUCUACGGCCACACCAAGGCCGUCACAGCCAUCUUCGCCGCCUCCCCGGAGGAGGCCUUCACCUGCGCCAUGGACGGCACGGUUCGCCAGUGGUCCACCGACCCAGAGCAGGAGGAGGCGAAGCGGUGCUUAAAGGCGUCAAAGGUGGCCACCCCGCUGCGGUGCCUCCGCAUGCAUGAGGGCACGAUUUACACGGGCGGCGAUGACGGCUGCCUACACCUCAUUGACGGGCCGCGGCGAGCCUCGUGGCCGGGGCACAACGACGCCCUCUCUUGCAUGGCCGUUGUCGGCGAGGACUCGCAGAACAUUAUCACGGGCGGCUACGACAAUCAAAUCCGCGUCUGGGACAUAAAGCUGGGAAAAACUAUUCGACUACUUACGGGUCAUCAGAAUCACAUCAAAUGUCUGCGUCUUAUUGCGGGGGGAGAAUUGCUCCUCUCGUUCGGGCGCGAUCUCACGGUGAAGAUCUGGCGGCUGCCGGAAUUCGGCGAGGAGGACGAAGAGGACGCCGCCCCCGUCGCGGCCGACGCAAAUCGCCACGCAACCGUCUCCUUCACGGAGCCGGUGAACCCCACGGCGGCGGCGGCGGAGCGUCCCCCCUCCGCGGAAGCCGAUGGCGGGGAGGCCUCGGGAGAGGCGCAGGGCCCCGCACUGGCCGACCCUGACGCGGGUAUUGAGGCCGCAGGGAGCCUAGCCACCGAUCAGUACUAUGCUGCGGUGCAGGCCGCAAAGGCGGUGAAGUCUGCCAUGAAGACGCGCCCUGAGCCACCGAUUCGGCAACUGCGGCCUGUAGGAACGAUUGAAAUUCCAGAGGUGCCUCACGUUGUGGCCGCCACAAGCAACGAGGCGCCUUACUGCUACAUCGGCGCCUCCGACGGGUAUGUGUUAGGCAUGAAUGUGCGUGCGCUGUCACGCUCUGUGCUGCUGUUUCUUUCACGCAAUGAGGCGAAGUUGCGGGCCGACACCCGUGAGACACGCCUGACACUGCGGUUGGCGGUACGCGCCAUUAAGAAGCGGUGCCGAAAGGCGAUUCAGCAGAAGCAGCGGGAAUUGCUGCGCGCUGCAAAGAAGGCGCGGGCCGCAAAGAGGGCAGAGGAGCGAAAGGAACGCGCGGCCGCGCGUGCCGCUGCGCGAGCGGCGAAGGCCGCCAAUCGCGCCGAGGAGGAAAACGAUGAGGAGGAGGAAGACGAGGAGGAGGAGGACGGGGACGAGGCGCCGGGCGCCGAGGAGGAGGAGGAGGAGGAGGAGGAGGAGCAGGAGGAGGAGGAGGACCCCCUCGCCCUGUUAGACGACGCGCAGCGUGAGGAGCUUGCCAGCUUCCGGAAGGAGCAGGAAAAGGAGCGCGACGACGAGAUCGCGUCUUUGCGCGGCGCCGCGACUGAGCGAAAUAAGGCAGUUGAAAAAAUCGGGCUCGCCACGUACGACACCUCUCGCGACCAGUUCUUUCGCUUGAGUUUCACGAGCUACAAAAAGAUUGGGGGACGAGGCGGUGCUGGGGCUGGUGGCGCUGCCCGGCAGCACCUGCUGCGCCGCCCAGUCAGACUGCGUCAAAUCCGUAGACACCACGCCUGGCAUCACGUACCUGUAAGGGCGGUCCACCGCUGUGGCAUGCGUAUAUACACAUAUAUAUUACGUAUAUGCCGUUGUGCGGGGCGACCGACAAGCUGCUUUUUUUUUUCCGGCGGUGAGCAGCCGAUGUAA